AUGAGCUCAGGGAGCGCGGCGUGAGGACCAGCAGCCAGUGCCAUGCAGGGCUCCUGCCCCGGCCCGGGCUGGCUCCGAGGGCACGGCGUGGGCACAGCCCGGCUCGGCGGCGGCGCGGCCGCGCGCUCUGAGGGACCCCGGCUGCCUGGGGUGCACUGAACCCCGCUGCACGACGGGAUGAGUCACUUCUGAGAGCUCCGCGGCCUCGCCUGUGUCUGACCCAGCUCGGCACGGCUCAGCUGCUCUCCCUGCCGCGCCGGGGAUCGGCGGGGAUGAAGCAGAAGUGAAUGUGGGAUGAGGAGCUGCGGCUUCCCGGGAGCGGAACUCGCUGGAUGUUCUCAGGGUUGGAGGUCUCUGCCACACUGGUGAUGUUCAGCCCGUCCUCUGCCGUGACCCCCUGCACCUCCCCGCGGGUGCCCCAGGCCGUCCCCAUGGACCUGCGGAUCGGGCAGCGCGUGGUCAAGCCCCAGGACACGGCGCUGCUGGCCCUGAAGCAGCAGCAGCUGCAGCACCAGCUCUUCCUGGCCAGCCUGCACCAGCAGCAAGUGGAGCAGCUCGCCCACCAGCACGUCAGGGUGGCCAUGGAGUCCCCACACCGCGAGGCUGAGCCGGGCCAGCAGGAGCAGGAGCUGCGGCAGAUCCUCAACAAGGACAAGAGCAAGCGCAGUGCCGUGGCCAGCACGGUGGUGAAGCAGAAGCUGGCCGAGGUCAUCCUGAAGAAGCAGCAGGCGGCUCUGGAGAGGACCAGCAACCCCCCCGCCGCAGCCCUGCCCUACAGGUCUCUGGAGCCCCUGGAGCCCGAGGGUCCCUCCCCUGCCAUGCUGAGCACGUUCCUGUCCCCCGUGGCCAGCGCUGCCCUCGACACCCCCGAGCAUUUUCCACUGCGGAAAACAGCGUCCGAGCCCAACCUGAAGGUUCGGUGCAAGCCCAGGAAGUGCCUGGACCGGCGCAAGAACCCCCUGACCCGCAAGGAGAGCGCCCCCCCCUCGCUGAAGAGGCGCCCGCCCGACGCCAUCGACUCGUCCCCCAGCAGCAGCAGCACCCCCGUGUCGGGCUGCAGCUCUCCCAACGACAGCCUGCCCGCCGAGCACGCCGCGCUGCCCGCCGCCCCGGGCGUGCCCCACGAGGCGCCGCUGGCGCAGCGGCUGCUGCUGCAGGAGAGCUCCCUGGCGCAGUUUGCCCUGCAGAGCGCGGCCUCCCUGCCGGCCAUCACCCUGGGGCUGCCGGCCACCACCGGCGCCAGGGCCGAUGCCGAGCGCCGGGCGCUGCCCGGGCUGCCUCACCGGGUGCCGGUGCUCAACGGGCCGGUGCUGCCGGGCACGCACGCGCCCGUCUUCAUCCCGGCCAGCCUGGAGCAGCACGAGCCCGGCAGCCCCCUGUCCCCGAGGCUGCAGCCCGUCAUCAUCCUCGAGCCCUCGGUCACCCACACGCCGCUGGUGGCAGGUGAGUGUCCGCCUGGGGACAGGGACAGCGACAGCGACAGCGACAGCGACAGCGACAGCGACAGUGACAGUGACAGUGGAAGUGACAGUGACAGUGAGAGUGGAAGUGGCAGUGACAGUGGCAGGAAGAUUGGCUUGUCGCUGGUGCCCGCGGAGCGGCUGGCACUGCCCGGGCAGCACCGGCCGCUGGGCAGGACGCGCUCGGAGCCGCUGCCGCCCAGCCCCAGCGCCGCGCGGCAGCACCUGCUCUUCCAGCAGCACCACGCGCACGUCCUGGAGCGGCUGGCGCAGCACACGCACCUGGGCAAGCGCAUGGCCAAGCCCAGCGAGAAGCCCCGGCUGCGGCAGAUCCCGUCCUCGGAGGACAUGGAGGCCGAGGGGACCCUCCCGGAGGCCGCGGCCGAGGGGGGGGACCCCGGCCGGGCGCGGGUGGAGCCCCCCCGGCCCGGCAGCAGCGGCAAGGAGCCCGAGAGGACGCAGAAGAUGGGGCAGCCCCAGGAGGAGCUGGUCCUGCAGCAGGCCUUCCUGUGGGACUCCUUCCAGCGGGUGCAGCAGCAGCUCCUCAAGCGCCAGCCCCUGGCCGACCCCCCCGUGCUCCCCCCCGGCCACCGGCCGCUGUCCAGGGCUCAGUCGUCCCCAGCCACGGCCACCGUGUCCCUCCCUGCCCAGGACACCAAGGCGCUGGCCCUGCCCGUGCAGGAGCAGCCGCCCAAGCCGCACUUCACCACAGGGCUGGUUUACGACUCGGUGAUGCUGAAGCACCAGUGUUCCUGCGGGGACAACAGCAACCACCCCGAGCACGCCGGCAGGAUCCAGAGCAUCUGGUCCCGCCUGCAGGAGCGGGGCCUGCGCAGCCGCUGCGAGUGCCUGCGGGGCCGCAAGGCCACCCUGGAGGAGCUGCAGUGCGUGCACAGCGAGCGCCACGUGCUGCUCUACGGCACCAACCCCCUCAACCGCCUCAAACUGGACAACGGCAAGCUGGCAGGGAUCCUGUCCCAGAGGACGUUUGUGAUGCUGCCCUGCGGAGGGGUGGGGGUGGACAGUGACACCAUCUGGAACGAGCUGCACUCGUCCAACGCCGCGCGCUGGGCCGCGGGCAGCGUCACCGAGCUGGCCUUCAAGGUGGCCACCAGGGAGCUGAAGAACGGCUUUGCCGUGGUGCGGCCGCCCGGACACCACGCGGAUCCUUCCACGGCCAUGGGAUUCUGCUUCUUCAACUCGGUGGCCAUCGCUGCCAGGCAGCUGCAGCAGAAGGGGAAGCUCAGCAAGAUCCUCAUUGUGGACUGGGACGUUCACCACGGCAACGGGACCCAGCAGAUUUUCUACAGGGACCCCGAGGUUCUCUACAUCUCCCUGCACCGCCACGACGACGGCAACUUCUUCCCGGGCAGCGGGGCCGCCGACGAGGUGGGCGCUGGCCCCGGCGAGGGCUUCAACGUCAACGUGGCCUGGGCUGGAGGGCUCGACCCCCCCAUGGGGGACCCCGAGUACCUGGCUGCCUUCAGGACCGUGGUGAUGCCCAUUGCCCACGAGUUCUGCCCCGACGUGGUGCUGGUGUCGGCCGGCUUCGAUGCAGCCGAGGGCCACCCGCCCCCCCUGGGGGGCUACAAAGUCUCUGCCAAGUGUCUUGGCUACAUGACCAAGCAGCUGAUGAGCCUGGCGGGGGGGGCCGUGGUGCUGGCACUGGAGGGGGGCCACGACCUCACGGCCAUUUGUGACGCGUCCGAGGCCUGCGUGUCCGCCCUGCUGGGCCACGAGCCGGAGCCGCUCCCCGAGGACAGCCUGAGGCAGAAGCCCAACGCCAACGCCGUGCGCUCCCUGGAGGCCGUGAUCCAGGUCCAGAGCAGAUACUGGGUGGCCGUGCAGCGCUUCGCCUCCAAGCUGGGCUGCUCCUUCCUCGAGGCUCAGCACCACGAGGCUGACGAGGUGGAGACGGUGACGGCCCUGGCGUCCCUCUCGGUGGCCGUGAUGGUGGAGAAGAGGGCGCAGGAGGAGCCCAUGGAGCAGGAGGAGCCCAUGAACCAGUGACACUUGGGGACGGUCCCCGGGCGUGGCCGGAGCCCCCGAAGAUCCCGAUCCCGUUUGUCCCCCUCGCUCCCGGGGCCCUGGGCGGGCCUGGACUCCUGGAAGGGACAUUCCCGAAUCCAGCGGGACGGGACCACGGAGAGCCCCGAGCCCAGACUGUGCCCACAGCCCCCCCCCAAUUUUGGGACCCCUCGAGGGGGGUGAAACCCCCCAGCCCCUGGCACUGACCCCCCGAUCCCGGGACCUCCUCGCCGGGCGGGGCCGGACGUUGGGAUGGACACUGGGACCACCCCGGGGGCGGCUCCCAGAGCCUGGGAGGAGCAUCCCGGGCUUUGCUGGCUGGGGUGGGAUCUCUGCACCUUCUCCAGAGGUUCCCUGGCUCCCCUCGCCCUGCUGGGGCACGGGCACGGAGCGGCAGGGACGGGACGGGAGCUCGGGGGCAUCCCCUGGAAGGUUUGGGGCAUCCUGAGGUUUGGGGCUCCUGAGGAAGGUUUGGAGCACCCCAAGGAAGGUUUGGGGCAUCCCGAGGAAGAUUUGGAGCAUCCCAGGGAAGGUUUGGAGUAUUCCAAAGAAGAAUUGGAGCUCCCCAAGGAAAGUUUGGAGCCUCCUGGGAUUUGGGACAUCCCAAGGAAGAUUUGAAGCCUCCCAAGGACAGUUUGGAGCCUCCCAAGGAAGAUUUGGAGCCCCCAAGGAAAGUUUGGCGCCCUCCAAGGAAAGUUUUGAGCCCCCCAAGGAAGAUUUGGUGCCCCCCAAGGAAGGUUUUGAGCUCUCCAAGGAAAGUUUUGAGCAUCCCAAGGAAGAUUUGGAGCCCCCAAGGAAAGUUUUGAGCAUCCCAAGGAAGAUUUGGUGCCCCCCAGGAAGGUUUUGAGCUCUCCAAAGAAAGUUUUGAGCCCCCCAAGGAAGAUUUGGUGCCCCCCAAUGAAGGUUUGGAGGCCCCCGUAGGAAGAUUUGGUGCCCCCCAGGAAGGUUUUGAGCUCUCCAAGGAAAGUUUUGAGCCCCCCAAGGAAGCUUUGGGGCUCUCCCAGCGAGGGCAGAGCGAGGCUGGAGCGUGGCCGUGCCCGGGGGUCCCUCUGCCCUCGCUGCCCCCUUUGCACUAUGGACCCUGGUGUGACCCCGACUCCUCUUCCCGGGGGAAUUUCGGGAACCUUCCCCUCCUGCCGAGGUGCCUCGAGCCCUUCCAGCCCCCCAGGGCCCUGGCUGGGUGUGGGUCCAGCCCCUGAGCCCCUCCCCAGAUCCCACUGGGGACCCCCGGGGAUGCCCCGACCCCCCUGUCCCCGUCCCUGUCCCCACCCAGGGGUGACGGGAGGAUCCAGAGCCUCCAACGCGAGCGUUCCACCCCGAUUUCCCUUUUCCCAUUUCCCCAAAGCCUUCCCUGCAGCCCGAGGGGCUCCCAGCAGGGCCAGGCCCUGUCCUGCCUCUGGGGACAGCGGGGACGCAGCCCCGAGCUGGGGGUGGGGACGGCUCCGGGAGCAGAUUUUGUAUAAAAACAAAACAAAACAAAAAACAAAACCAAUGAAAUUUUAAAAGAAAAAAAGGAAUGGAAA